AUGACGGGACAGCAACAACAAUACUACCGGAGACCGGUCUCCUUAACGAGCAUACGAUCUGCACCCUCAUCCCUCUCACAGUUCAUUCUCCUCGCUUUCCUCGCCUUUACCUGUCUCAGCUCAGACACCUCGUACUUUUUCAAACAUAACACUAUACCCGGUGCAGAUGCAGCUCUGGCGAUCCGAGUCAAUGCGACGAUGGAACCCGUCAAUUUCAGGUCGUGGGACCCUUUCCAGGGUGAGACUGAACAUUACACGCUCUCGGGUCUUCUGAUGAUGGGAGUUGUGAUGCCCGACUGUACCAUCCAGGUCAACCCGGUUGUCGGGCCUAGUGGUCAGCUUAUCCUCAAUGCUGUCGAUCCUGCCAAUCCCAUCGUCGAUUCCAUUAUUGUCCUUCGUUAUGACUGGCUCGACAACUGCGCUACCUUUGACGAUAUCUUUGACAGAUUACCAACCCUCAACGACCGUCUCAAGACCCUCGCCCUCCCCAAGGUCGGCGCCGUGAUCAUGGACGGCGACGCCGCCAGUAUGGAGGAUUUCGGAUCCCCCUUCAACCAACUGGCUAACGCCAAUUACUGGAAUAACAAGGCCCACCUCAACAUCUCCUACGCCGGGUCCGACUCCGUCCUCUCCAUGGCCGCCCUCCUCUCUGCCAAUGGACACACCCUCCUGGCGACUGUUGAGCAGGACCAGGGGCCUUGGAACCAUAUGUGGCGAUCAGUUGGGUUUAAUAUUCUGAUUCGCGGGUUGGACGUCUUGACGGGGAUUGUGUUCGCGUAUGGGAUCUGGGUGAUGGUGUUUAUCAUCAAGGCUGACAAGCACGAUAGUCAGCAUUUCCGGAGGUAUAUGAUUCUUAUCCCUGGAUGCUUUUAUUUGCCGCUUUCGAUUGCCUUUGCGCCCUAUAAGGUUACGGUCCCUUGGAGGAAUGCCCUCUACUACGUCUCGUUGCUGUUUCCGUUCAUCUCCCUGGGGCUCCAGAUGAUCAUGUGGAGUAAGUUGAUCUACCGGAUCAAUCGCAAGAAGACCAACAAGUUUUUCUCGUACUACUCCUACUUCAGCAUCUUCAUCCCCGUCUUUUCAUCCUUCAUGGAUGGCCUUGGAUGGUUGAUCCCUUCGGUUCCGAUCAUCCGUAUCAUUGGCGAACGUGGCUUCUCCUAUCUUACCCCCGCGGUUAUCCUCCUUCAGGCUUGUCUUAUUUUCUACUACGCCAUCACCUUCUUCAAGUCCCUCAAAGGCGUCGCCGUCUCCCAGACCACCCGUACGGCUCUCGUCAAGAUCACCGUCCUCAACCUCGCCAUGAUCUCCUUCUUCAUCCUCAUGUUCCUCUCCCGUAUCAUCUCCCUCCUGGGGUUGAACAUGAAGUCCCGCGCCGCGUAUAUCACAGAGUUGACCAUCUUCCGCUUCUCGUUCGUCUUCUUCUACGCCGCCUGCUUCCGCACCCUUUCCAUCCGUCAGCCAAGCGGAUCUACCGUCGACUCCAAGGGUAACAACUCCACCUCCGGCGCCGGCGCUGACGGCGGAAAGUCCCAUAGCAAGAACGUCACUGUCUAUCCCAUGGACAACCUCCCUUCCUCCUCCCACAACGGUAACCGCAGCCAAACCGGAUCCAAGAGCCCGACCGGGGAGGACCGCCCAAGCAUGCACUACAACCUCCACCUCUCCAACCACGCCUCAAAAGGCUUCACCAUCUCCGACCCAAACUCCUUAUCUUCCGCGCACUCUUCAAACAUCAUCCCCGGCCCCCGUCUAACCCACGGGUAUUCCCAAUCGCAACACCAGCUCUUGGAUUCCGGCCGUGAGUCUUCAGAGUACGUCGUGCCCGACCCGUACAAGUUUAACGAGUUUGGUAACCACUCGGCCACCCAGCAGUUCAAUCACUCCUAUACCAGUCCCAAUCUUACAAAGGAGGCCGACCACGCGGCGAUGGGUGGAUUAUCCCUAUCCCCUCGUCUCGGAGGCGCUACACCAGUCCGCGGGUUGCAGUCUGUGAGCCCGAGCCCGGCGACAUUGGAGGACGACAUGGGGUACGGUCACUCGAAUGAUGAGGAUAAGGAUAGCGUCUAUGGCAGCCACCGUACGAUGCAUGGCAAUGGUGGACAGAAGUAUAAUGGUGGGAAUGGAGGGAGGGUUGUUGGAGGGUUGGGAAGGAACUCUGAGGGGUAUGCUCGGUUUGAUAUCUCGGACGAGGAACGGGCUGCGCGCGCCGUUUAA